GACAUGCUGACCUUCAUCUUCUUUCUCGUCCUAAAAGUUUCGGGGGCUUUCCACAUUUCUGGACCGAAGGAGGUCCGAAUCUCGGUGGGCGGCACCGUGCAGAUCGCUUGUCCCUACCAUAGCUUUUAUCGGGACAACGUGAAAUACUGGUGCAGAGGAUAUAACUGGAUUUACUGCAGUGUUCUGCAGCGCUCCAGACCAACACCCCCCCAGGACGGGGAUCUUCUGGUAUUGGACAAUAAACAAAGUCACAUGUUCACGGUGACCAUGAGGAGGGUACAGGAGCAGGACAGCGGUUGGUACUGGUGCGCCAUCCAGCGUGUUAGCAAUCACGUCAAGGUCCCCAUCGAGCUGAUCGUCAUGCCGGAAUUGAAAACAGAGAGGGUGAUGAUGACAUCACCAUCCCUCAUCACAACCCCCAAGUUCCCCUGCACCACAGCGAACUCUAUGCCUCCAAGCACUGUGACCCCCAUGUCACCAACCAGUGGAAAUGUCACAGUUGAUGGCAGCACAGAGUGGACUGCAGAUGUUCAGGGCUUGGUGUGGACAGUGUGGAGCAUUUCACGCUGGGUGCUGUUUGCAGCUCUCACUCUGACUCCAGUGGCUGUGAAAUUGUGUUUCAUGAGGAGAACAAACAUUAAUGAGUACGCAGGACACAAACUUCAAGACCAACGGAAACUUGGAACACAAGUCAUGGACCCAACCUGGAUAGCUCUGCGAACAUUUCCAGAAGUUUAGCUGACCUGUAACUACCACAAGUCUGUACAAGUGCCAAAAAUAUAGUUGAGACACUUUAGAACAUAUGAAUGUCUGCUUUCCAAAUGUUUGGCAUCACUGUUUAAUUGUAUAGAGUUUGUCCAGCAUAUUUAAAGGCUGAUCUUGAUGCAGUCAGAAUGCAAAUAUAAUGCAAACAACCUGUGCCUCUUAUCAGUGAAUCAUGUGGCUGCAGCUGAAUACAUGUAGCAUGCAGCCAGGAUCAAGAGGUUCAGAUACCAUGCAGCUAAGCAUUAGAUUAUCUGAGGUACUGAUCUAACCUUUUUUUUAAUGUGGUGUGAUUGUUGUUGCCGGACGUGGUGGUUCCAGCAUCUCAGAAACAGCCACCCUUCUGUGCAUUUGACACACUACAAUGUCUUGAGCAGUGGUUCUCAACCUUUUUGCACUGCAACCAAAUUUCUACCAUGCCAUUUCGCGAACCUAUAUCUGGUAUAAGUCUAAAUGAAUGCUAUUAUCCAGUGCACUCUGCAAUUUACACCAA